CUCGUGCAAGACAAAAUGGCAGGCUUGGAAAUUCUUUCUCCUGAAGGUCUUCGAUUAGAUGGACGAAGACCUCACGAACUUAGAAAAAUAGUUUGCAGGGUGGGUGUACUUUCGCAGGCCGAUGGAUCGGCGUACAUAGAAAUGGGAAACACGAAGGCAUUAGCCACAGUGUAUGGCCCACAUGAAGUGACAAGCAAGGCCAAAGCAUUACACGACAGAGUUUUGUUAAACUGCCAAUUCGGCAUGGCUACUUUCAGUACUGGAGAGAGGAAAAGAAAACCAAGAGGGGAUAGAAAGUCCACAGAGUUGUCUAUGAUUAUUCGUAGAACAUUUGAAGCUGCGAUUAUAACUGAAUUGUAUCCACGGUCACAAAUUGAUAUAUUUGUACAGGUCCUUCAAGCAGAUGGAAGCAACCAAGCUGCUUGCAUAAAUGCUACAACUUUAGCUUUGAUAGAUGCUGGUAUCCCAAUGAAAGAUUAUGUUAGUGCAAGUACUGUGAGUUUUGUUAAUGACACCCCAUUGAUGGAUAUCAACUAUUUAGAAGAAAGCUCUGGUGGACCACAGCUGAGUCUUGCCAUACUGCCAAAGUCUGAAAAAGUUGUCCUGUUUCAAAUGGACUCAAGAUUGCACAUGGAUAACAUGGAAAAGGUCCUUAAGCUAGCUGUCAAAGGCUGCAAGGAUGUUUAUACAUUACUUCGUAGGACUAUACAUGAGAAAGCUGAAGAGGAUUCUCAGUCAGUUAGCCUAACUUAGUGAUCACGAUUAACACAUAUAUUUAGCAUUAACAAGCUUUUUCAAUUAGCUUGUAUUUUACAAAUAAAACACAGUUUUUCAUGCUGCAUUCAGUAUAAUAAAAAGCAGGAAGUAGCAUAAGCACAAAAGAAGUGUAAGGACAGAGAGUGCUUCUCACACUUCUCAAGUUCCUAAGUGCCUUAUUACUGAACAGAACACAGAAAAAGCUGUUUUAUUUGUUUUAUACCAUGGGUUUUUUAACAUUGGUAUUGAAUUUAUUUUCACAAAAAGAAAGAUGGCCACACCUAGCAGCACCUUGUGAGUGAGGAUGGCAUCCGUUCACUAAUAAAGCACAGUUUUUGACCAAUCAGUGCACACAUACUAUCCUAACUAAAUAAUGAAAUAAAAUACAUAUUUAGAUAAGUAUAAUCUUACCAAUUAUUUGUCUGUUCCCUGUACAUUGUAAAUAAAUACAUUUUCAUGACAGAAUAAACUAUAGUAAUGAGCUGA